AUGAACGUCCUUUUUCGUUUGGUAAACACUUUGCUCUCACGAGCUCCGGAUCCUACUGAUAUCACGAGUACCCUGAGCCCUGCUACCUCGCCGAUCGAUUUACCGGAAGACAUUAUCAGGUUUAUAGUCCAAUUGUAUGUUGAGACGGUUCUUUCUAAGGUCAAUACCAUCCGAGAACUUCGCAAAGGAAGAAAGGCCUAUUGGACCUCAAUUGCACCACUGGCUAGGACUUCCAAGGGUUUACGAGCGAUAUCUCAUGGCGAUCGUCUACCACCUGGUCUUCGCAUACUUACCGUUGAUGACCACUGGAACCCCGAGAACCUCAAUCUGAAUCUACCCGCACUAAAGAAGCUCGAAAACCUCAGCAUUGAUUAUCACAAGCUAUUGUCCUAUAGUCGCCCACUUCAGCAGUUUCGGAUUCUCCCUGGCGUUAGCUCUCUUCCGUUUUCUCUAAGAAGACUCGAGAUCUUGCACUUUCAUGGAUCUGUACAGAACUUUCUCCCCCUCGUCAAGUCUUGUUGUCCUAAACUCGUUGAACUUCGGCUGGUCCUUUGUACAAUGUUUAAUAACCCAGAUUGUGGGUGGUGGCGUGUCAACAGCCACAACCAAUACUUGAUAGGAUCUCAUCGGGAUACCGCAUUGGGACAGAUUGCUGUGCUAGCAAGUCAGCUUGAAGGUCUAGAACUACAGCACUUUCAUAUCAACUAUUACUUUGCUGAUUUGGACAGUGUGUUUCGACAUCGUUUGAAUCAUAAGCAAUAUCACCCGCGGGGGCACCGUGAUGUUACGGAUCCGCUUUACGGAAUAAGAGCAUAUAACCCUCUACAUCUUGCCGCCCAGGCGUCCGACGACGCUCCACCAAUUAACACUAGAAUACCUCGCCUUGCCGACAAGAAACUGUGGGCCGUUUCUUGCCCCCAGUGUAAACGUGAGCUGGAGGCACCUAUUGAAGUCACUGAGCGCCUGGCGGUGAGCCUGCUAAGCGCGAGACACAAAUCACUAAAGACUGUUUCGUUUGGAGGAUUCCUUUCUCAGGGACGAACCGAGCCAAGCGAGUGGAUGAUAGUGCGAGAGCGUAAUGGUUCACGCCUGGCGGUAUGGACUCAGCGACCGGGUACGGGCCAAUCUUGGAAACUACACGAAUUCGAACGUCUGGACUAUGGCCCUCAAUGGACCCUACUGGGAUAA